AUUUAAAUUUCCUUGAACGAAACUGUUAUGAUUCCUUUUGCGUAAAGAUUUAAGAACAACAAAAAACUAAGCUCCGUUAAUCCAAUGUAGCCCUAUAAAUUAUAGAAUGUUGAAAAUCAAUUCAAUAUACCAUACAAAAGCUGACAUUAAAUCAUCAUCAUAUACUAGUUAUGAAUCCAAUAAACCAAUCAUAAAUAUUUGCUCAUAUCAAUAGAAUAAAAUAAAAAAUUGCUCAUCUAAAACGUUCCUAUAUAAAUCUUCGACUCCAUAAAAAAUUAACUAGAAAAUUAGCGUCACUUUCCAUAUUCUCCCUCUGUAUCUGUGUAUCUGGUUUUUAGCUCUCUUCUCCCAACAAACUCGUUCUUCUAAAUACAGAAACAAAACACAGAGCCAUGGGGAGUUACCACAAAACCAUGGUUCUGUUAGUCGUAUUGUUAAUUGUUUGCAGAAUCUCAGCGGAUUUGGAAAGAUUCGAACAGACCACAAAAGGCGACGGAACGCUCCGAUUUCUGGUCGUCGGAGAUUGGGGAAGAAAGGGUGAAUUCAACCAAUCACGAGUUGCUUUUCAGAUGGGAAGAAUAGGUGAAAAAAUGGACAUAGAUUUUGUGGUGUCAACUGGUGAUAAUUUCUACGAUAAUGGAUUGAAGGGCGUGGAAGAUCCAAACUUUGUUGAUUCUUUCACCGAUAUUUACACGGCCAAGAGCCUCCAAAAGCAGUGGUUUAAUGUUUUGGGGAACCAUGAUUACAGAGGUGAUGCGGUGGCCCAGCUGAGCCCAUUGCUUAGAAAAAUCGACAGUAGAUGGCUUUGCUUGAGGUCCUUUAUUGUCAAUGCAGAGCUAGCAGAAUUGUUCUUCGUGGACACCUCUCCAUUUGUGGAUGAGUAUUUCACAAAUCCAGGUGAUCAUGUGUAUGACUGGCGCGGCGUGUCCCCUGUAAAAACCUAUAUUGCCCACUUACUAAAAGAUCUUGAAUUAGCAUUGGAGAAUUCGAAAGCGACAUGGAAAAUUGUGGUGGGUCAUCAUGCCAUUCGAAGUGUGAGCCACCAUGGCGACACUCUAGAGCUUGUAGAUCAGCUUCUUCCAAUUCUUCAGGCCAACGAUGUUGAUCUUUAUAUCAACGGACACGAUCAUUGCCUCCAACGCAUCAGCGACACCAAAAGCCCGAUCCAAUUCUUGACGAGCGGGGCCGGGUCGAAAGCGUGGAGGGGGGAUGUGAAUACAUCCAACGAUCAAGGUUUGAAAUUCUUCUAUGAUGGCCAAGGAUUCAUGUCUGUUGAUCUCACAUAUACUCAUGUUGUAAUUAUAUUUUACGAUGUCUUUGGUUCAAUUUUGCAUAGAUGGACAAUGUCCAAACCCCUACUUCAUUCCAUAAUGUAAAUAUUUAACCCACGUUUUAAACAACUAGUAGUACUACUAUUUUUUAUUC